CUGUCGUCGCCGAGAUCUUACUUCCUGACGGCGGAAUCUUGAACUACUGCAGGCAACCGACAUCCAUCAGGCCAUCAUCACUCUCCACGUGCAAUAUAAGAGACAAAACAAAUCAAAAUAAUCUCCUAACCAGAGAUUAUUCUCUGUAAAUCACCUCUCAGCUCCUUGAGGUCUUUGGCUUAUUGCUCUGAAGAGAAAAAAAUAUCCCGGGGACAGGGAGAGAGAGACUCCAUUUGGAUGUGUGGGUUUGUGUCAGAUUCUGUUACAUCUCUUGUAAUCAUAUUCAUACAAUAGGUCUUGCUGGCUGCUGCAAUUAUAGCUCACCUUUUUUUCUUCUUUCUUCUCUGCCACUUCACCACCUCCCAUCAGAGUUCUCGAGGUCUAUCCUCCAACACCCCCCCCGCCAAAGUUGUCUUUUCCCCAUCUAUGUUUUGGGUUUUGGUGAUUGAUGCGUUUCUCUAUUUAUUUUUUGAUUCAGGCUUACUGUUUGUGAUCCAAGCCAUAUCAGGAAAAAGUCCAACUUUUCAUCUGGUUUUUACAGAAGAAAGCAUGUUCUUUACCUGUUGCAACGCUUAAAAUAAUCCAAAAGGAGAACUUUUUCUCAUUUGGGUUUUGCAGAGCGGUGCCUUUUCCUCAAUCGAAUCCAUAUAAAAGUCCAAAAACUUGUAUUUUCUACCUGGAUUUGGCGGGUAAAUGUCGUUUUUCCAAAUCUGUAAAUCAUUAAAUGCCCGAAUAUUGGAACUUUUCAAUCGGGUUUCGGAGGGAUCACCUGGUUUUAAUCAUUGUUUAGAAAUAAACGAAGUGUUUGAGCCUUUAUAUCUCUAUUUUGCUAGCAACUCUUUUUGUCAAUUCCUGUAAUCCAGAAGAAAAGAUCUGAGUAUAGUUUCCUCAUUUGCAUUUGAAUUCGGAGUUUAAUGUCUUCUUGAAUAGUCACAAUCCUGGAUUUUUCAAUUGUUACUAAGAAUACUUUAGCGGUUUGUUUGGAGCUCCUCUGCAAGAUCUGAGUUUUGAGGAUUCAACUCGUCAGGUUUCAUAUCUGUCAAAAAAAAAAAAUCUAUCGGUUUUCACAAGGUCGAACAUUUAUACCUGGUUUUACGGAGUAUUCAUUGUUUCAAUAUAUGGAAUUCCCAUUCUUAGAGUUAUUGGUGGGAUCUUCUCAUCUGAAAUCGAUCCAAUAGCUUGUAUUUCUAAAUCUGGGCUUGCAGAGUAAUACGUUUUGGAGGUCAAAGUAAUGGCGACAUUGGUCCCUGGUGUUCUUCUGAAGCUUCUACAGAAUAUGAAUACAGAUGUGAAGGUUGCUGGCGAGCACCGUUCAUCAUUGCUGCAGGUUGUGAGCAUUGUCCCUGCUCUUGCAGGUGGGGAGCUCUUCCCAAACAAAGGCUUCUACCUCAAGGUUUCUGACUCUUCCCACGCUACCUAUGCUUCCCUCCCAGAUGAGCACGACGAUCUCAUCCUCAGUGAUAAGCUACAGUUGGGUCAGUUCAUCCAUGUUGAGCGGCUGGAGGCUGCUUCCCCUGUUCCCAUCCUCCGUGGGGUGAGGCCUGUUCCUGGUCGCCACGCCUGCAUUGGCAGCCCUGAGGAUCUGGUUGCUAAGCAUUCACUCUGCUUCCUCAAUUCUUCUGGAUCAAACCCCUUGGAGAAGAUGAAAACACCAUCCAAGGGAUUGAAUGGUAAUUCUACUGCGGAUAAAGAGAGAAGCAAAACACCUUCCCAGAAACUGGAGAAUCCGAAUGGCAAUGCAAAGACUGCAGUUUCAGAUAAGAAGGUAGCAACUCUGAAUAGAUCAAGGUCUCUGUUAGCAAAGCCUGUCUUGGAUUUGGUUGAUAAGAAGGAUUCUGGGGUGCGGUCGAAAUCUUCCAAUUCACGGUCAAUCCCUUCAUCUCCAACCAGUUGCUACUCACUGCCUCCUUCAUUUGAGAAGUUUGCAAAUGGGGUCAGGCAACAAGCAAAGAUCAAAGGAUUAGACAAGCCAACUUCAAGGGUGGGAUUAGUGCAAAAGGCAGCUUCUGCUCUUAGAGCAAGUGCAUCGGCAAAGAAGCUGCCUGUGGAGAACUCCAUAGGGAAUGUGGUUAAUGGGAUUGGAUUAGGGACCAAGGCUUUGAGGAGGAGCUGGGAAGGGGGAGAGGUGAAGGGCAGGGAUAAUUCAAGCUCAAGGGCUGCCAAGCUUGAUUUGAAAUCUGAAUCUCGGAGCACUUCUGCUCCUCGAAGAAAACUUUCAAUGAAUGGCAAGUCAUCUAAAGAGGACAGUAAGGUUCAGAUGCCUGCAAAGAAGGUAACAGCAAAUAGAGCUGGGGCUGAUUCUGAUAAGCCAAAUAAGCAACGGGUUUCCAUUGGAAAGAAAACAUCAGGUGAAGUUGCUGGUAAUGGAUUCCCAGGAAACUUGGUCAAGGUUUCUAUCAGUAAUAGAAGAUUGACAGAUGGUAGUGUUUCAUGGGCCUCACUCCCUUCCACUCUUUCAAAGCUUGGAAAGGAAGUUCUGAAGUAUAGAGAUGCUGCAGAAAUGGCAGCUGUUGAGGCCAUUCAAGAAGCUUCUGCGGCAGAGAGCUUAAUUAGAUGUUUGAGCACGUAUGCUGAGCUAAGUAUAACUGCCAAGGAGGAUAACCCACAACCUACGGUUGAGCGAUUCUUCAGCCUCCAUGCAAGCUUGACCAAAGCUCGCCUUGUGGCUGAUUCUCUAUCAAAGACAAUCCCGGCAGGGUCAUCAACAGAUGGUGAAGACGAACCAUCAGAAGAAGAAUUGAAGAUCUCCUCAGAGGGGCGUAAAUAUGCAGCUUCAUGGGUCCAAGCUGCAUUGGCUACUGACUUAUUAUCCUUUACAGUAUUUAAGAAACAGCCAGUUUCCACCGUGGGUCCAGCUGUAAUUACAGCUGCAAGUCAAAGGACUACCACUAGUAAUCAUCCCAUGUUAGUUUUAGAGAACUCAGCCAAGAAUUCAACAACAAAGACCCAAACCAAAACUCGCCCUUUAGCUUGGUCUAAGCCUCUUACAGCUGCGACACUACGCCGAGCUGGGGAUGGACUAGCUGUAGGUCAAAAGACAGUCGCAACAUCUCCACCCCCUGAAUGGAUCAGAGGAAACGGUCUUGAUGAGGCUGUUGAUUUAGCCCAGACAUUAAAGACAGAGUCUCAAGACUGGUUCUUGGGGUUUGUUGAGAGGUUCUUGGAUGCUGAUGUGGAUAAUUCAGCCUUGACAGAUAAUGGUCGGAUAGCAAAUAUGCUGUCUCAGCUCAAGAAUGUGAAUGACUGGUUAGAUGAGAUUGGUUCUGCUAAGGAUGGUGAAGAAGAACCCUGCAUUCCUGCUGAGACAAUUGACAGACUUAGGAAGAAGAUCUAUGAGUAUCUCCUUACACAUGUAGAAUCUGCUGCAGUUGCUCUUGGUGCUGGAGCACAAACAGCACCACCAAGCCAAGCAGCAGAAAAUAAAUCAAGAAGAUGACAUGAUGAAUAUUCUUCUGGACAGACUUUCAUUAUAUCUUACCUAUACAGCUUUGAGGAAUUGAAGGUGAGCCAUAUUAUAUUGUGUGGACAGAUCCAACUUAGCCACCAAGUGGUUAGGGAGGGGCAUUUUUCUGAUUCAUGUAUAUAUAAUAGAUCCUGUGCUGGGGUAUACAUGAAGUACUCUCAUAAUUUAUUAUCAUGUGAAGCAUUUGAUGAGAUGUGAAGAGUGAUUGGGGUUUGAUUUGAUUGAAGUUAUUCAAUUACACCAUUCAAGAGAAAAAUGUGUAUAUAUAAAAUUCAUUUUUAUCAAAAUUUGGUUUGUUGUCUC